AUGAGUCAAAACAAUGUUUUUGGUUCGAUCUCAGAUUUCUUUAGUUCACUCGGUAAUUUAAAUGGAGCUGAUCAAGUAAAUCGUUUUUUUCAAUAUUAUUGGUAUGUUUGGUUAAUUAUCGCUCUUGCUGUUGUUAUUAUUAUUGCAGUUAAUGUUGCAAUAUGUUACUACUUCUGUCAUCAUAGGAAGUUGAAUGAAAUUGAUCCGCUGACAGGUGAAAAACGUUUGUAUAAUAAAGAAUGGGGUAUUACAAAGCCAUUACAAAGUGUAUUCAUACCAGUUGAACAGAAUAAAAAAGAUGAAGAUGAUGAUCCAACAGAUAUUGAUCAAUAUGAUGAUUCGAAAUUUGCUAUUGAAGCAUUAAUGGAACAUAAUCAAUUUCGUAUACAACAUGGUGCAGGACCAUUAAUGGCAAAUGAAUAUUUAAAUAAAGCUGCUACGGAUUGGGCACGUGAAUUAGCUAAAAUAAAUGAACUUAAACAUAGUCCUGAUCAAUGGAGACGUUAUCAAGGAUCAGUAUUAGGUGAAAGUCUGGCAUAUUUUAUUGGACCUAUACUUAAAGGUGAUCGUCUUACUGAUAUGUGGUAUCGAGAAGUUCGACGACAUGAUUUUAAUGCUGAUUUACAAGAAAAUACUCUUCACUUUUCACAAGUCGUUUGGAAAGGUACAAGAGAAGUUGGUUUUGGUCGUUGUCAAACAGAAGAUAAAAAACAAUGGUAUGGUGUUGCACUUUAUUAUCCACCUGGUAAUUUUCCAAAUCAAUAUGCAUAUAAUGUACUACCACGUAGUGAUCUUGAAGACUUUCGUCUUGCUUAA